AUGACUGACCCUACUGAUUCAGAGGUAGAGGUGCGUUCCAACUCCUCCGCUGGGAUCAGUGCUGCGCUUGGACAAGAUGACGCAGACCAACACGAGGCGCUGCGACUUAAAUAUUGCCCUCCUCUGGACGAUGCGCUCUUUUAUGCGAUUGUUUCAGAAUAUGAACUCCCUCGCGAUCAGAAUGCGUUGGAAAGCGUGCUGGAAAGUCUCAGAUCCGGUGCUUUAGACCAAGACUCUACAGACUUUGACCCUUCCGGCACUGGGGGUCGAUUCAUCAACCAAAAUGAUGACAACAACCCUGACGCCUCAGGUUCAAGCGCCGAGGACAGUCUCUUUAAUGGAGUAACAAGCAUCACGACUGGCAUUUCGGAGCUGUUAGGUGCAGACUCAGACAGGUUUGGAACCGACCUGAGCAAUGCAUCCGCCGAGGCAAAGACCGACUGGCUACUGAACAUGUUCCCCGUCAUUCCGAAACGAGAGCUAGCCGAAGUUCUCAGAAGUCACGAUGGGUCGUUGGACAAAGCAACCGACGAAUUGCUCAAUCUUUCAUUCUUGGCGCAGGCUGGAAAUGAUCAGUACCCAGAAGAUGAACCAGUACCAAAAGGCAUCGAAGCCUUUGCCGAAGAAAAUAUCGCUCCGAGAAAGGGAAGACGGAAACGGAAGAACAGACCAGUUGAUGUAUCGAGGGCAAGCUCAGCAUCUUCACACUUGACAGACCAGGAUACAAGCAGUUACAAUGUAUGGUCUACCAUGUCCGAAGAUGUUAAAUUCAUCUGCACAAGAACGACGCUGCAACAACAGACGGUCCGGUCAGCCUAUCAUCAACAUGGAGCCCGGCUUGGUCCGACGAUACGAGAGCUGGCAAUUAGAGAAAGCACCACGACCGAUCAAUGCGGAGAUGAAACCGCUGCAGUCAUGGACAUGCAAAUCGCCGAAUUCGAAGACGAGUUUGAGCAAGUUCCGAAAAGCCAACUUAUUGGCCUACUCAAAAUGGCCCGAAAUAUUCCUUCUGCAGCUCGUGAGCUUAUUGAGGCUAUGGUGUCUUCAGACAACAAUCGUUAUGAUGAGCCGAAAUCCGUGAGUAUUGCACCACAGUACGCGCCAGUCGAAAUCGAUGAAACAGAUGGCAAUGUGCACAAGUUUUCAUCGCCCUCGACCUCAACAUGGGCCUCAAAGGCAUCAGGAACAGGGUCAGGACAACGACAAGCUGCCGCCGCCCACCGGAUCGCAGCUUCGCAUCACUUUGGCCAGGCCAGCGUUGCCUUUAAGAAAAGCAAAUCCGAUCGUCUCAUGGGCGGAGCAGCAGCAUAUUAUUCUCAAGUUGGACACGAACAAAUGAGAAAAGCGAAAGAAAUGCAAGCUGCAGAGGCUGAUGCCCUGGUCGGCGGGCAAUCAUCCUCUACGGUUCUGGAUCUCCACGGCGUCAGCGUCGCAGAUGCACUUCGUAUCACUAGUGAUCGAGUGCAAAGCUGGUGGGAUGGUUUGGGGGAUACGAAGUACAUGUUGGGAGGAGCCGGUGGCGCUGCCAUGAGGAAGGGGUUCAGGAUUGUGACUGGGGUGGGCAGUCAUAGUAAGAAUCACGCUCCGAAGAUUGGGCCGGCGGUUAGUAGGAUGUUGCUUAAGGACGGCUGGAAGGUUGAGAUUGGCCAUGGAGAGUUGACUGUCACGGGCAGGGCUCGCAAGAAGUGAUGAUACAUAAGGGGCAUGGGCAUGAGCGACCUGGUGUUUCUUCUGGACUCAUUUGGCAGACUGGUGGGUAGAUUGGAUACUAUCGGAAGUGCAUAUUGAUACGGAUUGUGAACAAACAAUUGCAGUUGCUGAAGAUAUGUCUAGAAUUG